AUGGACGAUCCAGGACUCAUAUUCUUCGAACAAACAAAGUUCGCUCUGAACAUGAUCUCCAUCAUUGGAUUGGGUCUUGUCAAGUCUUCUAUCUUGAUAUUAUACAAGAACAUCUUCGAUGUACGAAAGUUUCGCAUUGUGGUCUAUUGCGUGCUUGCGUAUGUCAUAUGCUGGACCGUCAGCUUCACGUUCUCGCACUUGUUCACUUGUUACCCAAUCACAGUGUUCAUCGAGCCGUAUUAUGGCAACAGCUGCGUCGAGACUGUACCAAUGUUUUUGGCCCUACUGUACACGGGUGUUUUCGCAGACAUUGUCAUACUUAUCCUUCCUAUUCCGAUGGUUUUGAGCGUUAGGAUGGAAACUAAGAAGAAGCUAGCUGUAAUCGUGAUGCUUUCGUUAGGAGCUGCCGUAUGCGCCGUAAGCAUUACACGAGUCGUCGCGACGUACUCCAUCGCCGGCGAAUACCUUAAGCACCCUGACGAUGUCAUCUACUAUACAGCACCAGUAUUCUUUUGGACGAAUAUCGAGCUGUCUCUAGGCGUAGUGUGUGCGUGUCUUCCCACAUUGCGCCCUAUUUGGUUCUACUUCUACCCUAGAGAAGCAACACAAACUAGCUCAGGCUACGGUUACGGAUAUGGAUCAUCAGGCCAUGGCUUUGGGUCAUCUGCGCUGGACGGGACGACGAAAAGCAGUACAUUUGCUAGCAAGUUGGUGCGCAAGCCAUACCAGGAGAUUGACGAAGUUGAGCUGACAACUCGAUUUGAGCAUGCUCCUUCUACACCUCCGGAGGAUGCCUUAACGUUGAACAAACGCGGUAUUACGAAAGAGGUUACGAUUCAUCAGACCCUCGAAUGA